ACAAUCUUUGCGAGCAAAGUAAAUCCCCUUCGUUACGCAAAUUAAUACAUUACAGUACAAUACAAUAUGUAGUACAGUAUUGACGUCUCAUCUAGAGCUAAAAUAAGACUAUCGUAACUAGUGUGCAACACUUUUAUUCGUCUUUUUCUGAGUUGUUGUAUUGCGAAUGGUCGUUCGGUGUCUACGUCAAUUGUAAACUGUGGAAUAUAGUAAACUAAGAUAACGGUAGCAUUAGUAGAAUGUCUGGACCAAAUGGAGAUCCUGACAUGACCAUUGACGAUGGCAUCAUCGAGGACGGCGACGAAUUUAAUGACGAGGAGUUUGUAGCCAUUAACUCCAUGCUGGACCAGAUCAACUCGUACCUGGACGCCCUGGAGGAGAGAAAUGACGCCCUCAACAGCAAAAUGCACGAACUCCUUGAGUCCAAUCGGCAAGCCCGGCAGGAGUUCAGAGCCCAGCUCCAGGAGCGACGGCCCGGGGACGAUCGCUCCUCUUCGCCAGGCAUUGAGGAGGACCACGAUGAAGACACGAGAGAGGCUCGCAACUGAACAGUGACACCAGUUACAAUGCGAAGAAUCUUUCCUUAAGCAAGAUACUUUUAAGAGCGUAUAUUAAAUCUCUGGUUCUGAAUAUUCCCCCUAAAUGUGAUUCCUUGUGAUAACACAAGAGGCCAUCUUCCCAGUUUGCCUGCAUUGUUGUCUCUGUAAUGUAUGUGUGUCAAAAUUAUGCCGUAAUGUUUAUUUUCUCUGUUCAUGCUGUCUGGAAAACGAAAAAAAAAAAAAAAAAAAAGUUUACACCAGUGUUGGGAAAUGAGACAUUUUAAUAUAAAUCAAAAUGACAUCAAAAAAAUACAUUCAGCAUUUUAGAAAACAUCUUGAUUUCAGUUUUGUCUGUAGCUGAAUAAAAAUAGUCAUAAGAAACAAGAUUUGUUUUGAAAUCACAUCAUUCAGAGCUACAAUAUAUAUCUUCCUGCGGACAAAAACAAUGGAGGGGGGCGGGGGCUUGUGCUAAUCAUGUGCCUGGUCAUCAGGGUGAUGUCAAGCUUUGCUACAUAUGAGCAAGACUUUGGCUCUAAAUAACUACAACUGAGGAUGAAAUGUUUCCGGAACAGUUAAGAAAAAGGAAGUGAUGCAUUAGUGAACCCCUUUCAUAACAGAAUGGUGCAAAAAGUGAAGCCAAAAUAAACUGUGUGUGGUUUAAGAA